UGAUGAUAAUUGCAUCUCUGUAAUCAGAAAAGCAGCAGUAUUCUACCAGAUCUAAUCCGAAUACUAUUCAAUCAACUUCAGCAGGCUUGAAUCCUCCCCCAUCUCCGCUUCCGAGACAUCUAAACCGUAAUCGCAGAAGCCGAGCCAAAGCUGCCCGCACAGUUCAACCCCGGCUGCGGUGUUUAUCUCCAGAUUUCCUCUUUGAAUAUCGCCCUACAAUGCAACUCUCCUAGCCAGCAUCUUGAUCUUCUACAGCUCCAGCAGCGCUCUACUCACAAUGGACCUGCCCGACCCCGAGGCCCGUCCGGAGCUCUUCGCCUCGACCGCGCAGGAGUGUCUCUGCGUCGUCAUGCUCGCCUUCGCGCCCAUCAUGAACUCCGCCAACCAAGGCGCCAUGCAGCUCGCCCUUCCGCACGUCUCGAAAUCGUUCAACAUCGACGGCGGCCAGCUCAGCUGGACAGUCACUUCCUACUCCCUCGUCACCGGCUCGACCAUGCUCGUCAUGGGCCGUCUCUCUGACAUCCUCGGCCGCAAGCGCAUGCUCCUCUUUGCCUUUUCCUGGUACACCAUCUUCUCGCUCAUCAUCGGCUUUAUGAAGUCUGACAUCGUCUUUGACGUCAUGCGCGGCCUGCAGGCCCUCGCCGGUGCCACCGCGCCCUCUGCCGCGGCCGGCACGCUGGGCACAAUCUACCCCAACGGCCGGCGCAAGAACAAGGCCAUGGCGACCUUCGCCGCCGGCGCCCCGCUCGGCGCCAUCCUGGGCCUCGUCGUGUCGGGAAUAUGCACGCAGUUCAUCAGCUGGCGCGCGAACCUCUUCUUCUUCGCCAUCGUCUACGCCUUUCUCACCGUCGGCAUCUUCUUCCUGCUCCCGAGCGACGAGGCCUGUGCGAUCUACGCAAACAAAAUCAUCGCCGUCGUGGGCGGCGCGCCGCUCAUCGUCAAGCGCGACUGGAGGACGAGCUGGGGGCUUAUCAAAGAGCUCGAUUAUCUCGGCGUCGUGCUCUCGACCUCGGGACUCAUCUUGUUCAUCUACUCGAUCGCCGGCGCGAGCUCGGCGCCGAAUGGGUGGGGGACGUCCUACAUUAUCGCGUUGCUUGUCGUCGGAGCUGUGUUGAUUUGCUCCUUUGUUGUCUGGGAGCAUUAUGCGCCGAGACCUCUGAUGCCUCUUUUUAUUUGGAAGAAGAAAGGGUUUGCGCUGUGCAUGAUAACUGUUGCCUGCGGAUGGAUGGACUUUCAAGGCGUGCUCAUCUACUUUGCCUCUCUGACCUUCCAGCACAUCAGAGGCUACACACCGAUCCUCACCACAGCAGCCAUGAUGCCGCAGACAGUCUCAGGCAUCAUCGUCAACAUCAUCGCCGCGUUCGUGCUCCACCGCGUGCCAGGCCGCAUCCUGAUGAUCAUCGCCAUGUCCGCGUUCGUCAUCGCCGCCCUCCUCUGGGCACUCGACCCGCUCGAUCUCACCUACUGGGCCAUGACCUUCCCCGCGCUCGCCAUCGUCGUCGUCGGCGCCGACCUCGCCUACAACGUCGCCAACCAAUUCUCGCUCUCCUGCGUCACCCCGCAGUACAAGUCCACCGCAGCGGGAAUCUUCAACGUCAUGACGCAGGUCGCGUCCACCAUCGGCGUCGCGGCGUCGACCGCAAUCGUCACAUCCCAGAUCGGACCCGAUAUCGAGAACCAGGACCGCGCGAUCCUGCACCGCGGGUACCGCUCCGCUUAUUGGUUUGCGGUCGGAAUGGGCGGCGUCGGACUCAUCUGCUCGUUUUUCUUGAAGGUCGGCACGCAGGGCGGGAAGGACUCGAGACCGGUGCCGAAGAAGGUCGAGACAGAGCCUGCUGAGGUCGACGAGAGCGGCGAGAGCAACCCUCCAGCGCAGGCGCUGACCGAGGAGAAGUCAUCGACUGAGAAACAGACAUCGACCGAGAAGCAGACAGCUGUAUGAUUUCAAAAACAGAAGACAGUAUAUUGCUGUUUGUUGUUUGUUUGUUUAUUUGUUUAUUUAGCGCAGGCGCUGACCGAGGAGAAGUCAUCGACCGAGAAGCAGACAUCGACCGAGAAGAAGUCAUCGACCGAGAAGCAAUCAUCGACCAAGAAGCAGACAGCUGUAUGAUUUCCAAAACAGAAGACAGUAGAUUGUUGUUUGUUUGUUUGUAUGUUUAUUUGUUUAUUUGUUUAUUACACGUUUAUUUUAAAGUAGAAAACGGCAACCGCAGACGCGUCGCUAUCA